CGCCACCAUAACCACCAUGUGAAAUCCUCUGUUUUUUCUCUGAAACAAAGACCAAAAAAAAACAGAAAAAAGCAUUCAUUUUUCUUUCAAAAACACAAAGUUGGAGUCUUUAAUGGAGUGGGUUCGAGGGGAUACGAUUGGGAGUGGAAGUUUCGGCACUGUAAAUUUGGUGGUACCCAAAAACGGGUGUUCAAGAUCACCAUUAGCAGCGGUCAAAUCAUGUGAAGUGAUCGACUCUGUUUCACUCAAGAACGAAAAAGAAGUGCUCGAUCGAAUCGGUUCUUGUCCACAAAUUGUCCGUUGUUUUGGCGAUGAUUACACGGUUGAAAAGGGUGUUAAGCUGUAUAAUUUGUUCUUGGAAUACGCCAGUAAAGGAAGUUUAGCUGAUGAAGUUAAAAAAAGCGGCGGAAAAUUGCCGGAAUCCGAUGUUAAACGGUAUGGGAAAUCGAUACUUAAAGGGUUACGAUUUGUUCAUUCAAAAGGGUUUGUUCAUUGUGAUGUUAAGCUACGCAAUGUUCUUUUGUUUGGUAAUGGGGAUGUAAAAUUAGCUGAUUUUGGAUUGGCGAAAAGGAAUGGGGGAAAACAGGGGAUGGAAAUUAGGGGGACGCCGUUGAAUUUAGCACCGGAGUCUGUUAAUGAGAAUUCUUAUGAUUCGCCGGUGGAUAUUUGGGCAUUUGGAUGUGCCAUUGUUGAAAUGUUUACGGGAAAACCAGCUUGGAACUUCGAACCAGGGACGAACAUGGCGGGUUUAUUGAUUAAAAUCGGGGUUAGUGAUGAAGUACCAGAGAUUCCACUAGAAUUAUCCGAGGAAGGAAAAGAUUUUCUCGGAAAAUGCUUCGUUAAAGAUCCGAAGAACCGAUGGACGGCUGAGAUGCUACUUGAUCAUCCGUUCAUGGCCGGCGAUGAGAUUAUUUCAUUAAAUCGAUGUCAAGAAGAAGAAGAAUCAAUAUCUUGUUCAUUUGAAGAAUUUUCAGCUUCACCGAGAUGUCCCUUUGAUUUCCCAGACUGGGUUUCAACUGAGUCAACAGUUUCGAGUUACGUUUCAUCGGGUUUGGAUCGGGUUCGUGAAUUGGUUUGUGAUGAAGUACCUAAUUGGCUAGCUUCAGAGAACUGGAUCACAUUGAGGUAGAGGAAAGAAAGAAGAAAAAAAAAGUCAGCCGUCAUUAAAUCUGACGGCUCUGAUCCAAUUGAUUUUCCUUGGCAAUUGGUGAUGAUAAUUUUUUUUAUUUUUUAUUGUAAAUUAUUAGUAUAAAGAAAAACCAUAGAUCAACUGACCUUUUUUGUGAUUCAAAAUUUCUGAUUGGCUACUAAAAUGGCCACAUAAUGUAUAGACAAUUCAUUACAAUUUCCCAUUUAGAA